GUAGAAGCAAAUUUCAACGAAGUGGACGAAUCAGACGAAGCUUUCCUGGACUUGGUCAAACACUUUGAACAGGAGAUAAAGGCUGGUAGCGUUGAUAUUCCGUCACAGCCACUCAACACAGAGAAUGCACGCCCUCAAGCACCCAGCCGAGAAUCUACGUACAGUGAUAGAAAGGGCAACCAGUACGAAUAUACCUACAGUAACAAACCCAAUUCACAGUACGACUACACGGGCCAAGGGGAUGACCGGGAUAGUGAAUUCGGCUAUCAGCAUCAGCACUAUACGCAAGAGCGUGUGUACAGUGACAGCCCCAACCACCAGUAUGAAUAUGCCUACAACGAUCCACGCACGGGCAAAGUGAAUGACAGGAAAAGCCCGCACCAGCACCGGCAUCAACAACCCCACUAUACUCACGACCGCGAACAGAGGCGCCGAGUGUAUGCCCGGGACGAAGAGAGACGGCUGAUGUAUGAGCUGUUCAGAGACAGUGACCGCCGACACGAAGACACACGCGAUACAGUACGAAGGACCGGGCAAGAGAUCAUGGCGGUGUUGUGGUCGCAGCUGGGGGGGUUCCCACCGCAGAGUCCGAAGCAACCGAUGUACCCAAAACAUUCUUUCGGAGAGUCCUUUUAUGGUCAAUCGGGUCCGGUCGGGGAUACUCCCGCGCCAGAACUACAGAAGAUGCAAGCAAAAUUGAUCGAGAAAGCUAGUUCAUUGCAUGACGAGCUGCAGAAUCUUAAGAAUUCCAGCAAGAUAGAGCACACAUUGUAUGUGGCUCAGAACGAAACAUGCACAGCCUUGCAGCUGGAGUGUGGAAUCCUGAAGACCGAUUGCGACGCCUUGAAAGCCGAGUGUGGCACCAACCACACUUUGUGUAUGACUCAGAUACACAAUCUUACGGUGUCUGUUCAGGAAUGGGAGAAUAGAGCGAGUGCCCGUGAUGCGGCCAUGAAACAGCUUCUCGAGUCGAGGGAGACAACCAAAAAAGCGCUCAAUGCCUCUACAGAGCGUGUGGCGAGUCUGGGGAGCGGUCUCUCGGUGUGCAACACGGACCUGCAGCAACACCAAUCAGCGCUAGCAACGGCCAAUGCCUCACUAGCCGAGUGCAGCGAACGGGAGGAGGCAUCUGUGCUAAAGCUCACGGAGACAGGCAAAGCCCUCAACACAAGUCAGUUGCGAGUGGAUGAGCUGGAACAGAUGCACAGGGACUCUCAGCGCAGUAGACAGCAGGAUCUGAUGCAGCACGAAGCGGUGUAUGCCGAGUGUGUGGCUAGCUUGGCCCAGCAGGCGGUGGUCAGCGCAGAGGCCCUGAACACGUCCACCCGAGCAGUCGCGACGUGCCAGAGUGCGAUGCGAAUACAGGCGAGGAAGGUGUAUGAUCUGCAUGUGCAGGUGCAGAAGUUAUCGGAUGAGCUUCAAGUGAGCGAGCGAGAGCGAGAGCUCCCCAUCCAGUGCACGCCUGGCUCAAGCGUACCUUCGCCAGAGCCUCCUAUAGUGCAAACAACUAAAGAGGAACCGGCUGUACUGGACCAGCCGACACCUGGCCCCACCCAACACCAGACAGAGGAGACGGAGCCUUCGCCUACUAUUGCCCCCGAACUGGGCUCGGAUACCGGUACAGAUGCCUCGCCAGGAGGUUCGGACUGCGUACAACUGACGGAACGAGAGGAAAGUCUCACAGCGCGAGAGAAAGAGUUGGAGGACAGAGGUAAAGCCAUGGCUGAGCGAGAGGCGGUGUGCCAGAGAGAGGAGGAGGAGCUCAAGAUCAAGGGUGUGCUUGUUGACAAUAGAGAGAAGCAGCUCAUGCUGCGCGCAGAGGCCCUGGACGGGGUUGUGGCCAACGGGCCAGGGUAUGAUAUCGUGACCGCGAUCAAGCUAGCGUGUGCCUCGGCCGAGAGUGCGGGAGUUGCGGAGAUGGUUAGGCCUGAGUCCGGAGGUAAUGGAUCCGUAAAGGCAGAGGGGGUGGAUGGGCUAUUUAUGGGCGACGGCUCUACAUGCACCUGUAUGUCACAGGUCCGUUUGGAGCAGUUGGAGGCGCACAAUGCCGAACUCCUGGCGGAUGCGAAGUCUGCCCAGGCCACGAUCCAGGCGGGAAUUGUUCCUCUGUACUUCCUUCGCCCGUCUAUGCUCAUGGCCUCGACUGACGGGAUUGUAUGGGGGACUCAUGUGUAUGUGGUGUUCUCGUCCGUGCUGUUGUUUGCACUGAGUGUAAUGCUGGCUGGUGGCAUGCUGGGGCACGGGGGUAUGUCUCAAGCGGAGGUGGAUGUGUUGGUGCAGAAGAGAGGCCAAGAGGUACAGCAACACAUGCAGCAGCAGAUGGAUCAGAAGGUCCACAGACGGCUGAGCACACCCGAAGGUAACCACAAUGCGCAAUCGCAUGAGAGGCUUGAGAGUGUGCUCGCUGAGCGGCAACAGAUGUUGGAGGAUAUAGCUAUGCUGAACGAUGAUGUUGCGUCGAGAGACAGGCAGAUCAUCGAGUUCCGUGUACUUACCGGCGAUAUGAUGACAUCAAUCAAACAGCACAAGGAGGACGGCAAUGAGGUGCAGAAGUUGAAAGCUGCGCUUGCGGAGUCGGAGAGGGUUCGCGAACUGAAGGAAAAGACCUUCUACGAACUGGAUCGGAAGAAUAUGCGCGCGCGAGAGGCUGCGGCAGAGGAGCAUGCGGAAGCUGUGAACGGCCUGCGCGCGGCUGUGGCGCACCUGGAAGGGGUGGUGAAAGCCCGGGAGACGCGGUUGAAUGAGUUAGAGCUUGACCUGGACGCGCUGAAUACGGCGUUAGACAAUACGCGACAGCGAGCAGAGCAAACCGAUCGUAGCCGCGAUGAGACGCUUGGCUCUCAGCAGGCUAUAAUCGAUAAGCUGCGAGCAGAGCUGAUGGCGUUGGAGAGCAAGUGUGCGACACUAGAUGUAGCGGAAGGCGCGGAGGAGUCUAAAGCGGUCAAGGAGUUGGAGAUGAAGCACGCGGCCGCGCUGGAACAGGUGCGAUUGGAGAGGGACGAAUGCGCACAAAGGGCUCGGGAAUACCGCGAGAGUCGCGAUCAACACGCGCGGGAGGCUGCGGCUCAGAGCGCCGAGCAGAGCACGCGGCUGAAGGCCGAGAAAGAUGCCAUAUGCAGGCUGCAGGAAGUCAUUUCAGAGCGUGCAAAGGCCCACGCUCUAGAGGUGAGGAAGGGUCAGCUGUGGAAGCGAUACCUCGAGAAGGAGCUGGAAGGGGCUCAGAGUGAGGCUUCGAAAAUCACCGCCGAACUUGUUACUGUCAACAACAAGUACAAGGCCGUGGUGGAGAUAUUGGAGCGCCACAGGAUACCCGGGGCCAGUCAAGUGACUACUCUGCUCUCACCAGCGGAGCCUGAGAAGCCUGCGGGGAGUUCAAUGGCGGGUGAAUUACUUUCUCCGCCAACAGGCGACUCAGAGGUACUGCACAGAAACCUGGCACGGGAUCAGGGAACCCUGCACCACGGCACAAGUAUCGUGGGAGAGCAACCUUCGGAGGAGUCAGUGGCUCCGGCAGUGUCCUCGGCUGAGCCGAGUGAGGAUUUGGGGCUGUCUUCCGAAAGUGCUGCAGACGCUAUGGACGUCUCCGCAGUUGAGAGGGCGAGUGGGGUAGAUAAUCCAUCGAUGUCAUCCAGCGGGGUGAACGAUGGUAUGUCGCAUGGAUCAGAGGUUCCCCAAAUACCGUCCUCGUUAACUCCUCCGCCUACGGACAUCAGCCCGAUACCAGAAAGCAGCAAUACACACGGCGCACUUGACAGUGUAGCUAUCGCACCGGCUAAGGCAGGACAUAGCCAGAGGAUGUCCUCUUCAAUACCUCCACCACCCCUCCAGUUACCACCGCCACCCACCCAUUUACCAUCGCCGCCCACUCAUAUGGAUGCCAUGGCCAACGGCUCCAACACACCCGUAGGGCAGCCAGAAGGGAGUGUGGACGGGGCAGAAGAGCGUGCAGCGAAUGGCACUGAACCACCCGUCGCCGAUGUGGCAGAAGCGCCUGCGGCAAGCGAUGCACAGGUGAAUACCACACCCACUUUCUAUAACCCGACCAGCUACGGCAAGAAAGCGGCUUUCCCGUUCGCGACCAAUUCACAAGUAUAG